CGACCUCCCCAUCUUACUCCAACCUCCAAUUUCGCCUAAACAAAGUCAUCUGAGAAAAUGGCAAGACCCGGCCUUCUCUUCCUCCUCCUGGCCUCGACCUUCGUCGCAUACUUCAUCUCUUCCACCGCCGCCGCCACCCCGUCUUCCUCCUCCGCCGCCGGCACCAACUUCAUCAAGGCGUCGUGCAGCGCCACCAGCUACCCGGCGCUGUGCGUCGAGUCCCUCUCGGCCUACGCCGACACCGUCAAGCUGAGCCACAAGGAGCUGGCCCAGGCCGCGCUGGCCGUGAGCCUGGCCAGGGCCCAGGCCACGAGGGACUUCGUGACCCGGUCGGCGAGGCUGAAGGGUCUCAAGGCCAGGGAGUACGAGGCGGUGAAGGACUGCCUGGAGGAGAUGGGGGACACGGUGGACCGGCUGAGCAAGUCGAUGACGGAGCUCAAGGGGAUGGGGUCGAAAUCCAAGGGCCAGGACUUCGUCUGGCACGUCAGCAACGUGGAGACGUGGGUCAGCGCGGCACUCACCGACGAGAGCACCUGCAUGGACGGUUUCUCCGGCAAGGCCACGGAAGGGCGGCUCAAGACGUCCUUCCGGACCAGGCUCGUCAACGUGGCUCAGGUCACCAGCAACGCCCUUGCCCUCGUCAACCGCUUCGCCUCCAAGCACUGAGCUUUCUCGGGUCGGAGUCCUAAAGCGCCGUCGUCGCCGUCGUCGUGGUCAAUGUUGUUGCUGUUUUAGCUUUGGCUGAUGGUGAGAGUGAGAGAGAGUGUGGUAAUGUUUUGGUCGUGUGUAAGUAAUCGGUGCUCUGAUGGUUAAUGUAAGGUCACAGAGGGUAUAAAAUCACUACACUAUAGUUUAAAGUGUGUUCUUAAAUCCAUAAUCGUUUCUCGUCCAUUCCCCAGCGACGAAAAAGUUAACCAAAAUGAUUAGCACUGGAGACUUGAAUUGGUUGGAUACUGGGAGAGAUGGAUUGAAGUUAUUU